AUGCGCGACCAUGACGACCUUCUGGUUGGCGACUACGAGGACUCCUACUACAACCCGUCGCUGAAGAUGUUCCACACCUUCCAAUGGGCUUCUCGAUUUUGUCGUCCCUACAACCCCACCUUCGUCUUCCUCGACGACGACUACGCUGUGAACGUGAACAAUAGUAUGCUUCAGAACAACCUCUACCGACCUGCUCCACACAACACGAAUUUCAUCUCUUCCCCCCAACUCCUCCUCCUCCUCCUCCUCCACUCACACAUACCACCGCACGUGAUUCUCCCAUUAUAUCUCUCCUCUACUCUCCUCUCCUCUCCUUUCCUCUUCUCUCACACCUUCUCCUUCCUCUCCUCCGCCUCUCUUCGCCUCUCUACCCUUACCUUUGCUACCUUUACACUAAGUUGA